AAGCCUCCCGCAGUUCGUUUAUCUUUGCGCGCUUCUGCAGCCGACACGAAGCGCUUUUAGUGCCCUCUUUAAUUUCGAUUGAAACGGCUUUGUGUCUGAGCGAGCAUAAUUAUCUAUUGAACAGUCGUGUGUCAGUAGUUGACCGGUAAAGUUGUUCAAAGGUUCUUGUUUGGUGUGACCGAGAAAUACAGUAACAAACAAUAAGUGCUUUAUGGGUCAACCAUGGUAAAAAUACUUCAAUUUUUAAUACUAGCAGCCAUUGCAUUUUCGCAAUGUAAAGCUGACUAUAUUAGAGAUAAUAAGAGAUCAUUUACAAUCGAUUACGAACAUGACACGUUUCUCAUGGAUGGAAAGCCGUUCAGAUUCGUUUCCGGUUCUUUUCAUUAUUUCCGCGCUUUGCCGGGCUCUUGGCGACAGAUUUUACGUUCAAUUCGUGCCGCAGGACUUAAUGCAGUAAUGACCUAUAUUGAAUGGUCAACACAUGAGCCCACGGAAGGACAAUACAAAUGGAAUGGCAUUGCAAAUUUGGAACAGUUCAUACAGAUUGCCGAAGAGGAGGAUUUGUACGUGAUCCUUAGGCCUGGCCCGUACAUUUGUGCUGAAAGGGAUAUGGGAGGAUUCCCAUAUUGGCUUCUUAGGAAAUAUCCGAAUGUUCGACUGCGCACCUACGAUACAGACUACUUACGAGAGGUAGAAAAGUGGUAUGGUAUUCUAAUGCCACGAAUCCAGAAGCAUUUGUACGGUCGAGGUGGACCAGUCAUAAUGGUGUCUAUUGAAAAUGAAUACGGAUCUUUUGCUGCGUGCGACGGAAAUUAUUUAUCCUUUCUCAAAAAUUUGACUGAGAGAUACAUUCAGAACGAUGCCGUGCUAUUCACGAACGAUGGACCAGAGCAAUUACCUUGUGGCAAAAUUCCUGAUGUAUUUGCUACUCUUGAUUUUGGAUCAGUUGACAGUCUUGAUCGUCCCUGGCAGCAACUACGCAAAUACCAGCCCAAAGGACCUCUAGUAAACGCGGAGUUUUACCCCGGCUGGCUUACACAUUGGAUGGAACCAAUGGCUCGGGUUGCAACUGAACCCGUGGUAAGCACAUUACGUAAAAUGCUCAAACAAGGAGCUAGCGUCAAUUUCUACAUGUUCUUCGGAGGAACCAACUUUGCAUUCACUGCCGGUGCAAACGAAGGAGGUCCUGGGCGGUUCAACACCGAUAUUACGUCUUACGAUUACGAUGCUCCCCUUGAUGAGGCAGGUGAUCCAACGCCAAAGUACUUCGCUCUCAGAAAUGUCAUAUUAGAGUUUCUUCCAGAUCCGGGCGUGCCUGUGCCAGAGAAACUCCCUAAAAUGAAGCUUUCCUCGGUGAAAUUGAAUCGCUUUGGUACGCUUUUGUCACAGGAAGCACGACAGGCACUUGCAAUGUAUUCGUUUAGAGCAGAGCGUACUUUGGGUUUUGAAGCACUGAAUCAACACUCUGGUUUAGUUGUUUAUGAAACUGAGAUCCCCAAAAGUCUAAAACGUGAUCCCUUGAAUCUCAAAGUCAACAAAUUAUGUGAUCGUGCUUAUGUUCAUUUGGAUAAUAAAUUCGUCGGAGUUCUGUCACGAGAAAAUGCCAUCUACUCUCUACCGAUUAACCUUGGAGUGGGAAGAAAACUUCAGCUGAUAGUAGAGAAUCAAGGGCGCAUCAACUAUGGCAUUGCAAAUGACUUCAAAGGUAUUUUAGGCGUAGUCACUCUGGAUAAUAGUGAGCUUCUAAAUUGGACCAUGACAGGCUUCCCGCUGGAUGAUUAUUCAUUACUACAAAAUUACAUCGAUCAGUACACUGGUAUUGAGGACAAUGCAGACAGACUGAGCUCGGUGAAAUUUUUCCAAGGCGAUUUUAUGAUUGCAACAAAUGAAAUCUACGACACUUACCUGGACCCAACCGGAUGGGGAAAAGGAGUGGUAUUUAUCAAUGGAUUCAAUUUGGGCCGAUACUGGCCAUUGGUAGGUCCUCAAGUGACGUUGUAUGUCCCACGACACAUCCUGGUUCAGGGUAAGAAUUCAAUUAUUGUAAUCGAGUAUCAAAAGGAUAUUUUGGAGGAUGCUGUCAUCACCUUCAGAGAUGAGCCCAUGCUUGAUGGACCAUAGACAACUAGUUUUCAAUUUGCAAAAUAAAUGCUUAAUAUAUUUGUUAAGAAAAUAAUGCUCUCAUCUCAUGUAAACUUUACUUAACUAGUGGUUUGAAAAGUUUAACUCCAAUGUACGCACAGCCUAGCAGCACUGAGACUAGUAAAAGUUUGUAGCAACAAUCA